CCUUACCUCCGACAUGGCUCGAGCAGCUCAAUGAAAAGCUCUCAUGAGGCGCUCUGACCAAUGGCGACGCUAGAGUCAAAUUGCGAAACAACAGCCCGAUGAUAGCAACAUGACGACCGUCCCCUCCUUACAGCCGCCUACAUUAGCGCCUGACCUGCAUCAACAUCGCGCGGGAACUCCGAGCGAAUGAACGCCUUGGCUGCUAUGGUGAAAGCGUGCCUUCUUUCGAGCCGAGCUAGUGGGCAAGAGGGGCAGGAAGACAUGGCGCUGACCAGUGUCGAGGUGUUGCUCCGGGAAGGCUGAUGGACACGCGGGAUUACGCGUUUGGAAUCGAUGAAAGGAUGCAGGAAGCGCGUGAGGAGAUAUAUGUACCUGCUCCUUCCUUGACGAAGCGCGUUGCUUCCCCCGAAGAGCAUCGGGCAGCUCGGCCUCCUUCUUUUCGUUCACCUUCAUCCUCUUUCCCUCCAUUCUUGCCCAUGUACGCGCUGGUUGUCGUGCUGCUUUGGGCUGCGCUGUGCGCGGGCGUGCGAGCCGUGGUCACUGAUCACUUGCCAUUGUCCUGGACGUUCGACUUCCUCGAUGCGGACAACAACAUCAAGCCCAUCCCGGUGUAUGAGCAGUGCGAAACGAUGCACGUCAAGUGGUCGCGCGGAUCUGUGGCAACGGGGCCGUCCGGAGUUGCGCCUUACUCCUUCUUAAUCUAUACAUCGAUCCAUACUUUUCCCUUCGUUAUUGAUGCCGGUAGUGGGUUGGACUUCGACUGGGAGGUACCGUUUCCGCCGAACACGCAGUUCCAAAUAUGCAUGUUCGACUCGAAUGGCAACACCGGUGGAUGCCAGGCAGUCAUGAGUGUCGUGUCAAACACAACGGCAUUUUCAAGCACGUGCUCCAACUCAACGCUUAACUCGCCGAAGCAGCUGGAUGUCGAAGCCUUCGACUCGCUUGGCGGAGAACUAUCAUUCACUGGGUGGCCAGCGCAGUGCACAGACAUCCAGUUCGUACCAAAGAACGGUACUGGUCCGUACACUCUGACAAUCGCACCGCCGCUUCAUCCGCCGUACAAUGUGACUCUCGAGGAUAUGAGUGCCUUCAACUGGACAAUCGCCCUCGGAUGGACGACGCCCUUUUGGGUCUCGAUCGAAGACUCUGCCCACAACUCGUGGUCGAGAGGCCUUUUGCACAGCGGCGAGGGUGACUCGUUCUGCCUACGAAUCGUCCCCAAGGCCGUGUCCCCCGGUGCUGCAGCAGGCAUCGGAAUCGGCGGCCUCGUCCUCGGUGCAGUCGUCGCCGCGCUCGGUUUGCUACACCGCCGUCGCUCCAAGGCAACCAUGGUCGACAUCGACCCGUCCGACCCCGCACCACAAACCGUCGAACGGCGCGUAUCCGACAGCAACCCGGAGCACAACUUCUACCUCCUGCACCGGGACGGCGGCUCAGCGCCUGUAGCCGUCUACCGCGGCGUCGAGCGGCCGGUGAUGGAAAUGCCGCCACAGUACUCGAGUGAAGGCGAUCCAAGCGUGACCCAAGAGUCACCGCGCGCCGAGGAUUCGUUGGGACAGGCGGGGACGGCUACCCCAAUGCCUCAGCCAGCUCGUCCGCGGAAGACGAGCCGGCCCUCCGAGAAGCUGGGAGUCGUCAACUGAAAUCGGGUCAUGCUGCAGUAGUUUGAAUUUGGGACAUCGUAGUACUUCCUCCACUUACGUGACGCUGUAUCAACUGUAUAUGUACCAGUGUGUACACUCAUAGCAAGGUAUCGCUCUCGCUAUCCAGCUUGAUUAGUUCCAGUCGCACCUCUGGCCACCGUCCCGUCGGCCAAUCCAUGGCGGUUGUGGGGCUCUCGUCCCACUCCCAGAAAUUGUCCUUCCAUCUCUUGUACAUCCCCU